AUGAGGAGGCUACCUGGGCCCUUGUCGGCGACUACAAUCUUCACAGCGCGGCCGCCUGGAGUGCCUCGAAACCCUCGAAGCUCACCAUGGCCGCCUUCGUCCCUCGUUAAGACCUACCUCCGGUCUCUAUCAACGACGACACCGCGCCUGGAGGAAGCACAUCACCAAACACCACCCUCGCACCCGUUUCGCUUCGAGACCGGCGUGUCGCUUUUCGCGAAACGAGCUCCGCGGCCUUUCCCGCCGCCGUUCCUUUCUCCUCCGUCCGGUUCCUUCUCCGAUCCGCUCAGCACCCACCACCGGAGUCGCGACCGGCGCGCGAGAGUCAACGGAGAGAUCAUUCUCGGACAAACAAACGGGGACGAUGCAGUUUUCGCGAGCGACAACUUUAUUUGUGCAAAUGAUGGAGUUGGCGCAUGUUUGUGGUCACGCCUGAUCCUUCACUAUUGGGCGACGGCGAUACAGCAGGAUGCCGCAAACCCUCGUUCGGAAGGGGAGCCUUACAAGCCUAAUCCGGUAGCAUAUCUUCAGACGGCAUACGAGCAGACGCUGAAAGCGACAUCGGAGCCGAACGACUGGCAAGGAACGACAACAGCUAGCGGGGCUCAACUACACUACAAGACUUUAGAGGACAGUAAACAGGUACCUCAGGUCUAUGUAACCAAUCUGGGUGACUGUCAAGUCAUGAUUCUCCGGCCCAGGCACGAGAAGAUGGUUUACAAGACGAAGGAGCAGUGGCACUGGUUCGACUGCCCGCGUCAACUUGGAACAAACAGUCCAGAUACGCCGGAAAAGAACGCGGUCAUGGACAUUGUGGAGAUCCAGGAAGGGGAUGUGGUACUUGCAAUGUCGGACGGUGUCAUUGAUAACUUAUGGGAGCACGAGAUCAUUGAUAGCAUUCAGAAUAGCAUACAGCGGUGGGAGAACGGGGAAGGGGGAGGAGACCGAGUUGAAGGCGACCGCACGGGCGGCGCCAACGGAGGCAUGACGUUCGCUGCUGAAGAGUUGGUGGCUGCAGCAAAGAAGAUUGCGACCGAUCCCUUUGCUGAGAGCCCCUUUAUGGAGCACGCGAUUGAGGAGGGCCUUGCCAGUGAGGGAGGUAAACUUGACGACAUCAGCGUUGUCGCUGCGCUCCCGCCCGAUUUCAACAUGCGCGGAAAACGUAGCAAGCAGUAUCGCAAGUUGAUGAACCAGUACUCAUUGUCCUGGGGCUUUCGCGAACCCUACCAAUGCCUCGUUGAUGCUGAGAUGGUAGUGGAUUGCCACAAGUUCAAGUACGACCUGCUUGCCGGACUAGAACGCACACUGCACGGCAAGGUUAAGCCUAUGAUUACACAAUGCGAGAUUCGCAAGCUCUACCUUCGCAAGAACGAACCGGAGAUGAACAAAAUCAUCGACUUCGCCAAGACGCUCGAACGCCGACGAUGUGGUCAUCUUCCGGAGGAGUACCCCGAGCCUCUUAGCACGAUGGAUUGCUUGAAGGUUGUUGUUGACCCCAAGGGCAACCUGGUUAACAAGCAUCGCUACUGCGUCGCCAGCCAGUCGUCCGACGUUCGCCGCAUGCUCCGCGAGAUCCCCGGCGUUCCCCAGAUCUAUAUCAAACGCUCAGUCAUGAUUCUCGAGCCCAUGGCAACGGAAAGUCUGGAAAUUAGGGCCAAGGAAGAGAAGAGCAAAUUUCGCGACGGACUAGUGAAGCCCGAAAAGAAGAGAAAGCGGGAGGAUAACGAUGAGGAGGGCGGUGAUGGCGGAGCGGGCGAGGCGGCAUCGGCCAACGGAAGCCCCGAGAAGAAGAAGGCCAAGAAGAGGGGGCCCAAGGGACCUAACCCUUUGGCCGUUAAGAAGGCGAAGAAGGCCACUGAAGGAGAGCAGAAGUCGAAAACUGAAACGAAACCUGCGACGACAGCAGCAGGAGGCGAUGGAGAAGCAUCUACGAAGAAGAAGCGCAAGAGGAGACACAGAGCUACUACCGAUGCUAAUGGUGUUACGAACGCAUCAGCGCCUCAAGGCGAAGGGUCAGCAGAACAGUUGGCUGGAAGCCCGUAG